AUGGACGACCAAGGAGCGUCAAGUUCUGGAGGUCUCCAAAAUGGCGACUCUUCACAGAUAUUCGACCCGCCAUUCACAUAUACAAAACAGCUCACAACCACCCAGUACAUCGACGAUGCUGUCACGAAGCCUAUGCUCAACAACUACGUUCGCGUUGCCAGGGUUGGCGGUGGCCAGCAUGGCGAGGUCUAUCUGUGCUACAGACUCGACACGCGAUUCCCUGAAGACGAUCCAAAUCGCCGGCUACCUGUAGCGAUGAAGUCGGUCAAGAGGAACAAUCCCAAGGCUGAGCGCUACAAGCGGCUCAUGGAGCAGUCAAAACGCCUCCCCCAACGUUCGCAAGAUCGCGUCCCACUCGUAGACAAACUCGGGACGACAGAGCAGAAGAUCAGGAAGGAGAUUGCUAUCAUGAAGAAGCUGAGGCAUCCCCAUGUUGUUCGCCUUUACGAGGUCAUAGACGACAGGUUGAAGGAUAAAAUCUACAUGGCUAUGGAAUACCUGGGAGGUGGAGAAGUCAAGUGGAGGAACGACAGGAGCGAGCCGGUGCUAACCGUCGCUCAGACACGGAGGAUUAUUAGAGAUGCAGUAUUGGGCCUCGAAUAUCUGCAUUAUCAGGGAAUAAUUCACCGGGACAUCAAGCCCGCCAACCUCCUCUGGACAGAAGACAGAAGCCAGGUCAAGAUUGGAGACUUUGGCGUGUCCCACUUUUCCUACGCACAACGCCUGGCCGGCGCUGGGAAAGACUCAUCAGAAGCAGACGAUGACGAUGUCUUGCUGAUUGACGACUCGGAUCUGUCAAAGCGGGCUGGAACGCCCUCCUUCCUCGCCCCUGAGGUCAUUUGGGAAUUCAGUACUCUCACCACCUCCCCUGUCAGCUCGUCCACAUCACUUCCAAGAGCGAAUAGCUCCACGACGGUCCAAAGCCUCUAUUCGCAACCUCGGCCUCCCAUAACCAAGUCGAUCGACAUCUGGGCACUCGGCGUCACCCUCUACUGCCUCCUCUUUGGGAAGGUACCAUUCACUACCCAUGGAACUGAAUUCGAAUUGUAUCGGAUAAUCCUCAAUUGUGACUGGGAUGUUGAUGCGACUAUGGGUGCCGAUAGAAUCCCCACUGGAGGACGCCAACCCGACUUGAGCGCGCCUGGGGGAGCAGCCAUCCACCUUCUCGAUCGUUUUCUCCAAAAGGACUACAAGGAGCGCAUAACCCUCGACGAGGUUAAGCCCCUGAUUGGCGAUACGCAGUCGCAUUCGUGGAUUCUAGAGGACCUCCCAGACCCGGAACGGUGGCUGCGUGCCACGUCGACUACCCCGAAGAUUAAGGUCACCAAAGAGGAGACUUCCGGUGCUAUGUCCCUCGUCCAUUUCAAAUGGAAUUGGGGCGCCCGUGUUACUCAACGAAUCUCGAGCAUGUUCUCGAAACCCCGACAGCGCAACUCUCGUAAUCCUGAAACCCGUCGUGAACCCCGAGACCCACCAGGUGCCAUCGUCUCCGAUCCACGUAUGCGGUUGCCGCGGCCCAGUAACCGUCGGCCAACAGUGUCUUCCAGCCACAGUGUGUACCAUGUCGCCUCGAGCCCCGGUUUGUUCCCGCCUAAUGGGAAGAAGGAUAAGGGGAAGAAGAAGGAAGAGACUCGGAGCCUACAUUCCCUCCAGGACCCUGCGAUCGGAAAGCGACAACGAUCAGCCAACUUUUCAUCGACUACCGACCAUAGCAGCGGGCCUUCGUCAUCAGUGUCGACUCCCUCGGCCGAGCGACCGGUGGUACAGAGUCUCCGGACAUGGUUCAAUAAAAUCACUCCUCGAGGCUCUGGAAAGUCUUCUACGCCUCAAGUCGGUUUCGCUCCUGGUCAAGCCCAUCACCAUCAUCAUCAUCAUCGACAUAACCAUCACCGCCCACCUCGAGAUGCAAGCAAGACGUCUCGCGCGGACCCGGCGAGGGGGGGGAGCGAAAUAGCAUUAGGAGAUAUCCCCAAUGUUCAUACAGACGUUAAUGGCGAUAGUGGCCUACUCACCGCUGCACGACGAGCAUCAAGUUGGGGCCAAGGCGACGAGCCGCUGGAGUUUACUGAGGUCAUGAGUGUCACCUCGACAGAAGUGCAGCUCAAUGACCAGGACUUCGUGGUCGGCGCGGGCGGUGUGGAGCCUCGGGUGGGGUACACGCCUCGACCUCGACCCGCGACGAGCUAUAUCCCUUCUCGACCCUCGGAUGACGAAGAAGCCGGUCCGUCGAACUAUCAAGAGCUGAACGUUCGAAACAUAGAGGACAUGGGCGAUUUCGAUGAUUCAUCUUCGAUCGCGAGUGGGUAUGGUGAAGGGCCAGAGGCGCGGUGGGUCAGUACAAUUGGAGACGACGGCGGGGAAAGCGGGUCCUGCAACAGUCACCGCAGCUCGCAGGAGCAGGAGCGGUCACCCCACCGAAGAAGCUCGGGGUCCACACGACGCUCGGAUCCGUUGGACGACGAGGAUGGCGACCUGGACAGUUCAGAUGAGGAGCAGGAGAUAGGAGUGACAUUUUCCCCUCGGAAGCGGCCAUAUCCCAACGAGGCCGAUGCCCCACCAUGA